AUGACUGAACAAAUAUCAUCUGAAAAAGUAUUUACCAUUGAUAACUUAAUACGACUUGGAUAUUAUACCAUUUUCUUGUGUAUUACUGCAGAAUUUUUAGUUCUUUCACAACUUGGCAAUAUGUUUUAUAUGGUUUAUGCGGGCGCAGCACCAACUAUCAAAAGUUGUGGUUCUCAUAAAUUUGAUUCAUCAAUGAGUUCAACUGAUAUUUGUAAACAAAUUUAUGCAUUAAAUGGAAAUGAAACAUGCAAACCUGAAUUGGAAUAUGAUUUCAUGUCAAUGAAUGUUGAGGUAUGA